AUGCCACCCAAGAGAAAGUCAUCUACACAUAGCACUCCUAACUCUAAGAAGCAGAAAGCAGCUCCUUCUGAGGGAGAAUUCAAGCAAUUUUAUUCUUCAACAAUGAAUUUGGUUAAUAAUUUACGUGACGACAACGAUGAAAGACAUCUUGUUACACCAUUCGUCAAAUUACCAUCUAAAAAGUUGUAUCCCGAUUAUUACAAUAUUAUAACUAAUCCUAUCACAGUGGGUGAAAUCCAGAAGAAAUUAAAUAAUGGAAAAUACUCACUACAAGACACUAACGAUUUUGUACAAGACUUCAAAUUGUUAAAUGAUAAUGCUACCGCAUAUAAUGACCCUGAAUCGUGGAUUGCCACCGAUUCUCUUAAGAUAUACGAAUUUGUUAAAGUACAGGCGGAUCAAUUUAAUGUGCCUGGUGUGGUAGAAACAUCGAAGCCAUCGAAAGGCCCUAAAUUGAAGAUCAAAAAACCAACAAAAUCGGAGGAAGAAGAUUCAACAGAAGAAGAAAUUACGUUUGAAAAAUUACCCGAGUUAUGUAAAUCAAUAAUCAACGAGACUAUUGAUCAUGAGUUUCCUGAAUUGGGAGUUAUAAGCGGACCUUUUGUUGAGGAUAUAGAUAAAAAGGAAUAUCCCGACUACUUUAAAGUUGUGGAAAAUCCGACGUCGUUUAAUAGGGUUAUUUCUAAUAUAGAGAAGAAGAAGCUUUUUCUGCCAAAGUUGUCACUUUUGGAGAAUCUAGAAGCUUUUCACGAUGCUACUCUUUUAAUUUUUUCAAACGCUCAAUUAUAUAACGAUCCAAGCUCUUUGAUUCACCAAGAUUCAAUUAAGCUAAAUGAAUUUUUUGAUGAAAAGUUCGAGGCAUUGAAAUCAAAAAUAGAGAAUCAACUGAAGAAAAAUUCGAGCAAGUUGAAGUUAAAAUUGAAGAAUCCUUCAAAGAAAGAAAGUGCGCCCAAAGUGAAGAUCAAUUUAAAAUUGAAGCCAUCCGAACCUGAAGAAACUCCUGCAGACCCACCAAAGAAGAGAGGCCGGAAGAAGAAGGUAUUGGAUGAUGUUGCUGUAAAAGACGAGAUAGAUGACCUUACACAAGAACAGCCUUCCGAAACUAAGAUGGAUAUUGACGAGGAAACAGACAAAAGUAAUCGAAUUCAUUCAGAAAAUGCUGGGAAUAAUUCAGUUGAAGAUCAAGAUGCAAAGCCUAAGGAUGAAAUUGAGGACUUAUCGGCAAUGGUGACUGAAUCUAACGUAAUGGGUAAAACUUCUUCCUUGGCGCCAACUGAAGACGCUUUCAUACAAGAUAUAGCCCUUUCGUCGUCAAUGUCAAACGUUUCUCAUAUUACGCAACAGAUUCAACAGCAAAACAAUUACCAAAAUCCACUGAAUUCAUUGACAAGAGGACAAUUACUUAAACACUUAUUAUUCCCCACUCAUGCUGUUGCACCAACUUCUACAUUAUUCGAAUAUAAAUUUCCUACUAAUGGAUAUUCCUCACAAUCAUUCUCAGUUACCUUACCUCCGGAUUCAUCAUCGUUUAUAUCUUUGAAGAUCGCAUUACACAACUUGUUACAUGAGAUCAAGAAACCAGACUUAGUAAAUGGUCAAGGAUUUGCAAAUCUGACAUCGGAUGACGAAUUCCAAUGCAAGUUAUUUGUAAAUGACGACGAGGUUUCUAGUGGGGGCGAAGUUUCGGAAGAGAAGAGAUCGGAUCAAAAUCAAUUAUUGAGUAUUCAGUAUGAUUUAAAGUUAAGCUACGGCUUGAAUAUUGUUAGCUUUGAAUGUAAAGUGGCUCCGAAUUUAACGAAGAAAAUUAAGAAAACUCAAGCUCAACCAGAGAACGAAGAGAUAGCCGGUAGAUAUACUAGACACCAGCUCCAACAAUUAAAGAUGUCAUGGGAGGUGGAAAAAACGAGCUUUAUAAUUGUGUGCCAUAGUGCUUAG